UUUCCGUAGCGCCGGCGCAGGGGGAAGCCACGGGGGCCGCCGGGGAGGCCGUGGCCGGGAAGAUGGUGCUCACCAGGUCGGCGCGGCCACAGGCCACGACCCAAGCCACGUCAGCUGAAAGAUCCCCGCUGAAGAAUGCAGCUAAUGGAAUUAAAGAGCAUCCAGAAAGCAGGAAGGAAUCUAAGUCUGAUAACCAAAGUACUGCUGAAUCACAUACCACUGGGGAACGGAGUCCAGUCCCUAGAACUCCUAAAAACAGAAAGAGGAAAAGCAGAAUGGAAACCUCAUUACCGGAGAUGAUUGAACCAUCUACUGAUGGAGGGACCUCUGAAGCAGAAUCAAAUUCUUCUGCUGUGUCUGAGCUCCAGGAUCCCAUUGUAAGAGUAACUAGGAGAAGGCAGAUCUUAGUUUCAUGCACCCCAGCAUCCAGUGUGAGGAAAAGGCCAAAAAUAACUCCGGUAGUUGAGUCUCAUACUGAAGAAGUCUCUGAAGCAGAAUCUCACGUUUCAGGCAUUUCUGCAUUUGUGCCUACCACAGUAAUAACUACAAGAGCCAGAAGAAGGGAGGCUAAACCAAGCCAAGAAUCACAUGCAGAAGAUAUUUCUGAUGCUGAGUCAUCGUGCUCAGACAUUUCUUCAUUUUCAGGAAUUGCAGUUAGGAGAGCAACCCGGAGUAUGCACAGGAAAUUACAAGCACAUACUGAGCAGAAAGAUGUUAAAAUAGUACCAGGAAAUGAAAAGCAGAACUGUAAAGGUUUAGAUGAAAAGGCCAAAGGAAUAAUAAGUAAGGGAAAAGAAAUUAAUGAUGAAAGUUCGCAGUUGAAGAGUCUUUCUGAGCUUCAGGACACUAGCCUUCAGCAAUUAGUUUCUGAAAAGCAUUCAACUCCCCAGAAUAGUAAAACCACACCAGAACCCUCAAAUCUGAACUAUGAGGCUGUAAUGAAAUCAUUAGCUCAAACAUUUGCAGUUGUAGAAGUGGACAGAUGGGAUGAAGAAAGAAAGAGGACCAUAAAAACAAGUGACUUGACACAGUUUGGUGAUGAUGAUGAAGACUGCACAAUUAUAGGUGUUAGCGAAGACAUGAAUAAUAAAAGGAAUGUGGAUCUUGAAUGUGAUGCCAAACUAUACAAGUCUGAGCUCAACACAUCUCAGGAUAAAGGUGAUUCUGUUUUAUUAGUUCUCAGCAGCGAUGAAAGCCAGCAGUCUGAAAACAGUGAGAAUGAAGAAGACACCAUAUGUUUUGUUGAAAAUAGUAGUCGGAGGGAGUCACUGAAUGGCGACUUGGGAAAUACGUCAUGUGACACUGCGUUGUUUGUAAUUGACACAACUCCUGGAUUGGGUGCUGAUAAAAAUUUUUACUUGGAAGAGGAAGACAAAGCUAGUGAGGCUGCCACUGAGGAAGAAAAAGAAGAGGGAGAGGAUGAAGAAAGUGAUGAGGUAUCAGACCAUGACGUAGAUAAAGAUAAUGAGCUCAGUGAUGAAGAAAACUUAUUAAAUAGCACAAAGUCUAAACUUCUGAAGUUGACAAGCAGCAGCAUAGACCCUGGUCUGAGUAUUAAAGAGCUGGGCGGUUUAUAUAUUAAUUUCAAUGCAGACAGACUUCAGUCUAACAAGAGAACCCUAACACAAAUCAAGGAGAAAACCAAAAAUGAGCUUCUGCAGAAAACUGUCAUUACACCUGAUUUUGAAAAAAACUACAGUGUCCCACCAUACAGAGAAUCAAAGUUUCAGCGUCAGAAAAAACGCAGAGAAGAGCGACAAAAAACAGCAGGCAAUGGCUGGUUUGGUAUGAAAGCUCCAGAAUUGACAGAUGAACUAAAAAAUGAUCUCAAAGCACUGAAGAUGAGAGCUAGCAUGGACCCAAAACGGUUUUACAAGAAAAAUGAUAGAGAUGGCUUCCCGAAGUACUUCCAGAUCGGAACCAUUGUUGACAAUCCAGCUGACUUCUACCAUUCACGAAUUCCCAAGAAGGAACGGAAAAGAACUAUUGUGGAAGAAUUGCUGGCUGAUUCUGAGUUCAGAAGAUACAAUCGAAAGAAAUACUCAGAGAUCAUGGCUGAAAAAGCAGCAAAUGCAGCAGGAAAGAAGUUUCGAAAGAAGAAGAAAUUUCGCAACUAAAAUUCACCAAGCAAAUCACAGUAUUUUAUGUCUCCCCUUUAUUUGUUUACUAAAGAUGUUUUGAAAAUUAACACCAUCACAUAGACUGGCCCUGUUUUUAUAGGGAUUCUUGCUUGAAAAAAAGCUUAUUUGAGAGACUUAAUCAUGUGACCUGUGGACUAAAAAUAGAUGAGCCUAAAAAGGACCCACCCAGGCUUAAGACUUACAAAGGGGAAAAAAAAGGAACCCCAACAUUUUAAGAUAAUUACCAUUCUUGUAAAGUUUUCAACUUUUGGUUAAAAAAAUUUGAAUUAAAAGAUAUUUAGAAGGUAUACAGUUUGCAUAUGUGUUCAUAGAACUUUAAAAAUAUAUAAUCAGCUAUAUAAACAUAUUGAAAUUAUUAAUAAGUAGUUUCUUGCAUGUGUGUGCCUGGAGGGGGGAGAUGGUGGGCAGGACUUGCCCUGUAGUCAGCUACUAGAUCCAGAAGUUGGUGUGGAUGGGGUAUAGAGAUCUGCUUAUUACCUGUACAAAAGUAGUAGUUGAAACCAACCAAAAAACCAAAACCAGACCCAGUGCCGUCAAGUCGAUUCCGACUCAUAGCGACCAUAUAGGACAGGGUAGAACUGCCCCGUAGAGUUUCCAAGGAGCGCCUGGCAGAUUCAAACUGCCUACCCUUUGGUUAGCAGCCGUAGCACUUAACCACUACACCACUAGGGUUUCUGUUGAAACCAAAGGAACGUUAAACAUGUUCUUGGAGCCAGUAUAUGUUUUGUAAAGACCAAAGAACUAAAUGAGGCUUGGGAAUGUAAAUAGGACUUAAGAGAUAAAGAAGACCACCUAGAAGGUUUGGGUUAAAGGUAGAAGCAGGAAAGCUGUUUUCCUUCUACGGUAACUGUGACAACAGGAGGACUAAUUGCUUUUACCCAAAUUCAAAGUUGUGUUCCAAGGGAAAUAGGAUUAAAUCGAUAAAAUUCUGACUUGGCCAGGACGUAAAGUGGUCCAUCUUAUCUUGUCUCCAUGGCACAAGGUUCAUACUUGUGAACCUUGUCUGAACUGCCUUUCUGGUACCCAAACAGUGUUGGUCAUUUCUAUUAAUGCUUCUUUGUUGGUUGUAGCUUCCUUUAUUUCAUUAUUUGCUGAGCCUCUGUUUUCUCAACAUAAUACUUGCUUGAGAUUUUAGUAAAUACGAAAUCUCAUAUUUACUGCUUGGGAUCACAGGCAACCUAGUAACUGCAGAGCUGACAAAGACAUUCAUAGAUGGAGUGAGCAUCCACGUCUGUUCCCUGUAAAAGAAGGGCCUGGUAGGACAGAAUUCAAUGUCAAAACAGGAAGAAGAGCAUUAAUUUACCCUUUAUACAUUCUUCCAGAUGUCACCAAAACAUUGCUUCAACUUACAUGACUGGUGUGAGACACCUAAAUUUGUCAUUCAUUCCGUGUAAGUCUUUACAUAGACGGUGGAGACCCUAUUAGUCUCAGGCUUGGGUAUGGGCUGGCUUCUCACCUACUGUAGCAUUUUUAUGCAGUCUUGACUUGUGAAUGCUAGAACAGGUUGAAUUAUUCAGUC